GGAAGUAUAAAUGCGCUAGCUUCAUGCUGUUCCUCACACAUCAUCAACCAGCAAGAUGAAGUUCCUCCUCAUUCUUCUUCCCUUCCUCGCCCUCACAUGGGCUCAGCAACAAGAAUGCCAAUGUGGUGGCUUCGUCAGUGAGCCUAAUGGAGAGAUUGAAGUGGUACCCUUCCCUCCAGAACCUGUGGAAAACUGUGAAGCUUCCGAGGAGUGUGCAGCCUUUUGCGAGGAAGAGUGGAACGCGAUAACCGGCAACGGAGAUUUGGAUACUGUGUUAGAGAACGGAGAGACGCUCGGGCAGAGCAUAUGUCAAGAACUGGCUCAUCAAGGACAUAAUAACUUCGGCCCAGCAGAGGUGUUCCUGUACUACAGAGUGUGUGAAGGUCCCUGGCAGUAUGAUGGGGUACAAACAACAACUUUACUGUGUUGUACCCGCGGUGAAUUCCAUGAAUGUGAAGGGCCACCAACUCCACCUGUAUAAAUAUUAACUAACAGCUCAAGUGUCUACUCGAGGAUUUUGCAGUAAAGGCACUUACUAGAGCAUUUAUUGGAGAAUGUCUUGUUCAAGGGUGAGCUUUAAUAAGUGUAAGAGUUAUCAGCUACAACACUGGAGAGAGAGAGGACGCAUAGGAAUAACCUGAGAUCGUCGGUUAUAAAAACAAAAAGCAUCACUGAUGAAAAUCAGGGAUCGUUCAGAAACAUUCAUCCUCUUCUGUUGCUUAAAGUUCAGCUGUGUACGUUCUGUCACCACUUCAACUUACACCUGCUGUGACAGCUGCUGUUACACCUGCUGUGACACCUGCUGUUACAGAAGAAAAAAUAAUUAAGCCCACAAUUGUUCAAAAAUGUUUUCCAAUAAAGAUUUUAUUUCUUAA